AUGGUUAUAGAACCUCGUGAAACCUGCGAUCGGAAUCAAGACGAGGUUCUUGUUCAUUUGCUCGUGGCCGCUCUGGCGAAGGAAGGGGCGCAACUUGCCCACGAUCGCGUCGUAGCGCUCUUUGCCCCACUUCAUCUCGUCCAUCACGUACGCAUGCGAAAAGGUAAGAUAGCCUCCUCGGAUGUGCGCCAGUCGGAUCAAGGUGGGAAGGAUUUAUAG